AUAAUAUACAAAUGCAGUGAUGUGCUGAAUGACGGAUGGGAACAGAUAUAAUAAUCACAGUUUGAAGCUGGAGACAGAAACAUCAGACUCAGGACAGAAACACACAACCUCUAAAAAAUGGAGCAAACUCUAUAUUUCAUUCUUCUUCUCGUUGCUCUCUGCUCGGUAUCUGAAUGUGUUCAGCGUCAGUAUCACUUUAUAAAUGAGAUGAAGACCUGGACUGAAGCUCAGAGAUACUGCAGAGAGAAUUACACAGAUCUGGCCACCGCUGACAACAUGAACGACAGGAACGAGCUGAUGAAGAGUGUGAAUGGUGGAGGUUUUCAGUUUGUCUGGAUUGGGCUGCAGAAGACGGGUCAUGAUGAAUGGCAUUGGUCUUCAGGUGAACCUGCGCUCUAUCUGAACUGGGAGCAUACACAACCAGAAGGAAGAGAUGAUUGUGCUGUGAUGAAAAAUGGAGAAUGGCAUGAUUUGCCAUGUAAUGCAUCCCAACAUUUCAUUUGCAACAACAUUGAGUUUAUUUAUAGAUCAAACACAGGACUCGUCUUUGUCAAUCAGAUGAAGAAUUGGAGAGACGCUCAGAGUUACUGCAGACAGAAUCACACUGAUCUGGUCAGUGUGAGAAACCAGGAUGAGAAUGAGAAGGUUGUGAAGAUGAUUAGUGAUAAUAAUAAAUCUGGAUCAUUUGUCUGGAUCGGUCUGUUCAGAGUCAGAGACUCAUGGCAGUGGUCAGAUCAGAGUAACUCUUCAUUCAGAUACUGGAAGUCUGAUCAGCCUGAUAAAUAUGGAGGUGUUGAAACCUGUACAGUGAUUGAACCAGGAGCUCAGGGACGAUGGAUUGACAUCUCUUGCAAUGAUCAAUAUCCUUUUGUGUGUCAUGAAGAUAAACUGAUUGUGAUCAGAGAGAAUCUGACGUGGUCUGAAGCUCUGAGAUACUGCAGACAGAAUCAUGUGGAUCUGGUCUCGGUUCAUUCAGAAGAGAUUCAGCGUCGUGUGAUGAACGUGGUUAAACUGGCGUCUACUGCGGAGGUGUGGUUGGGUUUACAUAACUACUGCAUCAUGAACAUGUGGCUCUGGGUGAGUGGAGAGACUGUGUGCUAUCAGAACUGGGCUCCAGGGAACAGAACGAAACCGGAAAACUGUAAACUCGAGAAGAGAAAAGGAGCAGUUCAGUCUGGAGGAGAUCAGCGCUGGAUCAGCCGUCCUGAAACUGACAAACUCAACUUCAUCUGCAUAAAUACAAGGUGAAGGACACGCGAAUGUUUGUGUGUUUACUUACAUCAACUGUUUUGAUACUUCAUUAUUUUUCUGAUUUACUUUUAUAUGUUUGAUUUGUUAUUUAGUCAUUUCUGAGAGAAUCUGCUGAUUGUGCAUUAAAAAAUAAUUCUCUUUUAUUUCUUUAUUUUAAUGACAUAAUGUGCUAUUAACAGAUUUAAGAUUCUGCCAAUUGUAUCACUAAAGUUAAACCGUAAAUACAGGUUUGGUGUUAAAUGUAACGUGAAAGAUUAUUUUAGUGCCUCAGUACAAGCAGCAGUGCAGAACUCACAUGAACUGACCAUCUCUUCCUCUUUACUUCUAGUUACCACAGCAAAUAAACAUGAACGAUUAUCAGAAGUGUUGAGAGAAACAGAAUCACAUCUCAUGUAAUCACUCAGAGUUUCAAGACGUCAAACAAUGUCCCUGAAAAGCCAUUGAGUAUAAACUCUAAACUUGUUACUUAACUAGAAAAAAUAAAAAUAAAAAGGGUAAUUUUGCUAAAUAUAUGCACUUA